AUGGCCUUCAACUCAGCCAGGUGUGGGCUCUCGACCUCAACUCGGGUGCUACGACAAUGCAGCGCACCUUCGUUGUCACGGUCCUUCUCCCAGUCGCUGGCUCGACAGGUCACCGCAGCCACUGAAGCCGCCGAUCGGCAGCCCGUCAAUUCGAACCUCCCAAGAUGGGCCAAGACUCCAGAGAGGAUGAAGUCCAGCAUCCCGCUAGGAGAGAUGAGGAACCCUUCCAACCGUCAAGUCUUCAAGGUCAACGAAUCUCAGGAGAAGCUCGACCGGUUCUACAACAACUUCCUAGGAAGGGAUGGCGAGCUCAUGCUUGGCGAUGAAGCAAAGUGGUUGUCUGUUACGCAUAAGAGCUUUGAUCAAGGAAGGAGAGGCUUCAACGCAAGGCUUGCAAACUAUGGAAAACAAAUUCUCAGGAUGGAAAUAACACAGAUGAUACUUGCAUCCCCGCCAGUUCAAAGAGCUGAACCAAGCACGGAAGAUGGCGUCGAGACCCGUAAACCUUUCGAGCACCCAGCCCUUGCCCGGGUCGAUAACUUGGCACACAUCAGUCAUCGCGAUAUUAUAGACGAGGUCAAGCUUGCGCGGCUGGGUACGGAAUAUGGCCUUCACGAGGUCGUCAGGUGGCAGCCCAAACAGGUUUCUAGCAUGGACUCCUCCGGUCUGCACAACGUCUUGAAAACCAGCAUGUACGCGAUAAUAGGCGCCAUUUCCCUGCAACAUGGUGGCGAGGUGGCCCGUCGAGUAUGCAGGGAGAGGGUGCUUAAGAAGAUUAAGUGA